GGGGCUCCCGGCAGUCCCCGCCUAGGAAGUGGUUGCCCGCAGCUCCGGGCGGGAGCGCCCGGGGGCCGGAGAGCAGGCUAACCGCCGGAUCGGGCGUGGCAUCCCUCCAGCAGACCACCCGCCCUUAGCCUGGGUUUAGAUGUUUUUAGAUGUUCCGAAGGAUUAUUUGAACUCCUGUUCAAAAUGUCAGCUCUGUGGUUGAGGUUUCCGUCCAGGAGAACACCCUGGUCUAGGCCUUUUCCAGCUGCAGGAAGGCAGAGUUGACGCUAAGGGAUAUUACUAAAGCACCUUGCUGCCCUUGGCUGAAAAGCGCCCCAGGAUGGAAAAGGGUUUUGAUAAAGCUUAUUUAAAGGUGCAAAGCUCAGUUUGGACUCUGGAGAACCACCAAUACAGGAAACCGAUUUACCUCCACUUGAAUUAUUAGUAGGUACCAUGUUAUCUCUUCACUGCUACAGGAGUGUUUAGUUCCUAUGUUGACUAGUUGAGACAAAUAUAAAUAUGGCUUUCUACAGUUAUAAUACAAUCUUAGCUAUUGCCCGAACAAGAUUCCCUAGCCAUUUUGUCCAUCUCACCAGCUCUUCUUACUCCCCAUCAUUUGCAUUUCUUCACUUGCCAGAUUCCCAUUUAAAGAAAACAUAUAUGAAGGACUAUGGAAGCAAGAAGUAUUCCUGUCCUAAUCAGUCAGGCAGUAAAGUACUGCACUUACGAACUAGAAUAAUACAAAAGCUACACACAUCAACUUGCUGGCUACAAGACGUCCCUGGUAAACCUCAGCUGGAGCAAACCCCAAAAAAGCCACAGGUGACAAACCCUGAGCCCACGAAAGGAACUGGCAUGAAGAUUAAAGAAGAAAAGCGAUCUUAUAGACAAAAAAUUAUGGGUGAACUUAAAUAUUAUUACAAUGGAUUUUAUUUACUUUGGAUUGACACCAAAGUUGCUGCCCGGAUGGUUUGGAGGCUAUUGCAUGGACAGGUGCUGACCAGACGAGAGAGACGAAGGCUCUUGAGAACUUGUGCUGAUUUCUUCCGCCUGGUUCCAUUUAUGGUGUUCCUCAUUGUACCCUUCAUGGAAUUCUUAUUACCAGCAUUUCUGAAAUUCUUCCCAGAGAUGUUGCCAUCAACUUUUGAAAGUGAAUCCAAAAAGGAAGAAAAACAGAAAAAGAAAAUGGCUGCAAAGUUGGAACUAGCAAAAUUUCUUCAAGAAACAAUUACAGAAAUGGCAAAGAGGAACAGGGCCAAGUUGGGAGACGCCUCUACACAGUUCUCAUCCUACGUCAAACAGGUUCAGACAGGCCACAAGCCCAGUACAAAGGAGAUAGUUCGCUUUUCCAAACUGUUUGAGGAUCAGCUAACCCUGGAACACCUAGACCGACCUCAGCUGGUCGCCCUCUGCAAACUACUAGAACUGCAGCCCUUUGGAACCAACAAUUUGCUUCGCUUUCAACUUCUGAUGAAACUGAAGUCUAUCAAAGCAGAUGAUGAAAUAAUUGCCAAAGAAGGGGUGAGUGCUUUGAGCGUGUCAGAACUGCAGGCUGCCUGCAGGGCCCGAGGAAUGAGAUCCCUGGGUCUCACUGAGGAGCAACUGAGACAGCAGCUCACAGAGUGGCAGGACCUCCACCUGAAGGAGAAUGUCCCUCCUUCUCUGUUGCUCCUGUCCCGAACCUUCUACCUGAUAGAUGUGAAGCCAAAGCCAAUUGAGAUACCACUAAGUGGGGAGUCUCCAAAGAUGGAUAUUCCUGUGGAACCAGCUACUUAUCCUGAAUCUAAAGAGAACCUGCUGGAUGUAGCACCUCCACUGAAGGGAACUAAGGAUGAGGAAUGUAUACAACUGCCCCCAGUUACCCCAUCGUCCAUAUUGCCACCUUCACCUGUUUCAUUACCGAAAGGACUCAUCCCUUCUGCUAAAGAAGCUACACUCCAGGUCAAAUCCCAAAAGACAACCCAGAACAGCAAGGCUAGUUCAAAAGGAGCAUAAGGACUACUGAGGACGAAGCUCACUCUCUCCAGCUCCCUGCCCUCCGCAGUGGCAUCCAUAAUGGGCCGCCCAGCUAAGACGAUCUGUGUCUGGUUUGAGAAGAGAUCAGCCAUUUCGUCCUUGGGGCCUUGUAACCAUCCAGAUGAUGUCAGCAGUGAGACCAAGUUCAGACCGUUUAGAAAUAUAAUUGCAAAGCCAACUUCCUCUGUACCAUUAUGUCAUCCCACUAAACUUUGUGUAAAGCCCCCUCCCCAUGUUAUUUUUGAACAGCUUCGUAUUUGUGUGCGUGUCCUCUACGGAAGGAAAGUUUUCGCAUAAUGGAAUCAGCUUGGCACCUUAGAUAGCUUGAGUGAGAACUGGAAACUCCAAAACCAUCGUAAGACCACCUCACUUUUCCAGUGAUCCAUCAGUAUGAAUAGUGCCCUGGAAACAGAGCACCUUAUGAAAUGGGAUGGAUGUACUCGCCGGUAAAGUCUUUCUGGAUAUAAAGAAGAAAAAGCUCUUUGGAGAAGAAAAUGGGGAGUUAAGCAGACUGGCAGUCCAAAAGGCUUGGCUGCUGCUUGGCUGUUCUGAGACAUCCCCCUCUGGGGCCUGCAGAGGCUCCAGGAAUCUGGGAGGCUGCCACUAUUCCAGCACAUGUGGCUUUCAUUAGCCACCAUUUUGCCAGGAAACCUAAUUAAGGGUUUAAGACUUAACCAUUUGUCUGUGCUGGGUGUAUGUUUUUCUAGUCUGUCUUCCACAAACAAGACUAUUUGUUGGUCAUAGGGGUUGUUAAAGUUUGAUAUAAUCCCUGUGCUACCCAGUAACAAGUAUUAUGUUCAGAUAUUUAUGUUUGGUGUGUUCACGAUUAUUAAUACUGAAAAAAAAAACCAAAAACAAAAAAAACCCUUAACAUAAUAGAUUGCCAUGCAGCUGACCCAACAGCUUUCUUCCCUUGGGGAAUGCUUAGAAAGAAAAGAUACUUUGGCCCGGGGGUGAUGAAAUUAGUUUUCUUUGCUUGCUGUGAAAUUGAAAGCGGUUAAGUGGAAGUCAGUUAAACCAAGUAAAACUCAAAUCUCUCUCUCUGGGAUCACCUAAGUGAGGACUGUCAUCAGCACUUCACAGCAAAGAUCUGUACCUUACGAUGCUUUUUAAGCCUCCUCUCCCCCAGAGGAAAAGCCCCACCACAGCCUGCUAAAUGACAAAUCCCUACUAUGCAGGUUCCAUGGAUUUUGCUGUUGGCCCAGCAAGGUGAUUCACAAUAAACUUUCCCAUUUUUAAAAUGA